AUGUAAUAAAAAUCUUCCACUUAUGUUAGAUAGGCCCUGAUGCAAAUUGCUUUUGAAAUGGGAAAGCCCAUAUCUUUAGUAGAACCAUAUAUUGAGAUGUAAAUUUACUUAUCAUUUCUAGACUUGAGGAAAAUUGGUAUGACACAAAGGAGUCAAUCAAAUAGAUGAAAUAGGAAAAUUUUGAUGAAUUUAAAAUUCCAAAGAGAAUUGGUCAAUUAUUGAUGGAGUUUGUUCAAAGGGCUGAUGAUAUGAAAUAAAAUUGGCAAUUAGAAUUAACAAAAAUCAUUUCAGAAAUCUCAGAUUAGGAUUAACUUUAUAAAACAUUGGAAAUAAUUUUUAAAAUAAUUUCCAAUGUUAUAAUGAACCCACUAAGCUAGGAUAAACAAAAAAUAAAUAUCUGUUCUAAAACUCUUUAAAAUAACAUACUGAAAUACUCAUCUGCAUUAAAUUAUUUAAGUAAAUUGGGUUGGAAGAUUGAAGCAGAAUUUCUAUAGGUUGAAUAUAAGAUGGACAAUUAGAAUGACUGGAAAGAGGCUGCAGAAGAAUUGGUCAAUUAUACUUAAAAGAAGACAGGAUUCAAUCCACAGAAGCCAUCAGUUCAUACUUCUUCAUAAAAUGUUUCAAUCACUUCAGAAUUGGCCAAAAAUGAAGGCUAUGAUGUUUAUUCCUUCUCUUAGAAGCUUGAGUAAUUGCACCAAAGAAGAUUUGUAACAUUCUAACUUAGCUAUUUUAGGAAAUUAUGAAUUAACCCAUCACUAAUAGAGAAAUCAAAGUGUUUAUUGGUAGGAAAUAGCAAUCUCCUGUACAAUUGCAAUAAUAAAUUCAAGGAUAGGAGGAUUAUGAAGAAGUCUAACCUUAGAAGGAUCAAUAACUUUUAAAAUUUCUUUAAUAAGUUGCUUAAGUAAUUUAAAUGAUUAAAUCUUGAAUAGUCACUUGAAGAGUAACAGUUUGCUUCUAAAAGAAAGAAGGAAUAUGAAGAACUUCUUAACAAACCAAUAUUCUCCAAAACAGACAUUAGGGUCUAAUUUCCAAAUAGUAUGAUUGUUCAGGCUAUCUUUGGUCCCCUUGAAACUUUGUAAGUCUUGUAUGAUUUGAUAAAGGAUGUAAGAUAUCGAUAUUAUAUUAGAUGUUAGUAAAUAGUAACCUUGAGUUCUAUUUGUAUACUUCCCCUCCUCCUCUGAGAAUGACAUAGAAGUACUUAAAAUAAACUUUUGAUGAUUUAAGUUCGGUUCCAAAUGGACUAUUUUAUUUUGGAGUUGAAAAACAAACAUCGGAAUUCUAUUUGAAAGAGGAAUGGAUAAAAUAAGCUAAGGAAUUAUGAUUAUUUUAAAAGGUCAA